AUGUCUGAAACUCACCUUCAUCAUCAACAUCAAGAAUAUCAGACAGUGUCAACCUUUGAACACUUUUAUCCAAAAGAGAUCGAUAAGGACCAAGUUUAUGCAAACCAUCAUCAUCUGCAACAGCAGCAGCAACAACAACAACAGAGAAUUCCUCCACAACAUCUCCCUCCUUAUACUAGCAAUUCCGCCUUGUCAACCAAUAUCAAUCCAAAGAAUAUCAUUGAUGAAUAUAAGACAAGUCCGUUUACUUUACCUGAAGAAGUAACUACUCCAUACAUAUGUAAAGCAAAUGAUGUAAUGUAUUCAUUGCCUAUAUCAAAUGAGAAACAAGAAUGUACGUUGAACAAUGCUAAUAAUUUAUGCAAUGCUUUAUUGUUGAAUACAGAUACAAGUAUAUCACAAUGGGAUGUGAAUGAUCCCAAAUUGCCUAAAAUUCGUCAAUUUGAUACAUUUACAAUGUGGCCACAAGGUCAUUGUCGUUAUGCUUAUAAGAAGUCACAAUCAGAAGGUGCUAAACGUCAUGCUAGUGGUUGGGCAAUGCGUAAUACAAAUAAUCAUAAUUCACAAAUAUUGAAAAAGUCGUGUUUAGGCGUUCUGUUAUGCACAUCGAAACAGUGUACAUUAGCUAUGCGACCAGCUAUAUGCGAUAAAGCAAGAAGACGACAAGAAGGUCGACCAUGUUGUAUGCCAAAUUGUAAUGGACGUAUAUACAUUCAAUCGUGUCAUGGACAUGGUGGUUAUCCAGUGACACAUUUUUGGCGUGAACACGGUGAUACAAUCUAUUUUCAAGCUAAAGGUACACAUGAUCAUAUUCGGCCAGAUUUAAAGCCAGUUCGUGAUACAGCAGCUAGACGUCGUAAACAGCAACUACAACAACAACAGCAGCAACAACAACAACAAGGACAUGUAGAAGAACAAGUUUGUCGAAAAAUUCCACGUUUAACUAAUAUGAAAAGUGUGAAAACAUUUGAACAUGGACAACAAAAUGAAGUGAAUACGAGACUUCAUUCAACCGAUUGUAGUGUAUAUUCAAACAAAACGUCCAGAAUAGGAUGUCAAAAUCAAGAAAUAAGUCAAUUUUCACAAACAAAUUAUAAAAGAAAAAUCAAUGGACAAAACUCCAAUUUACCGACUUCAUUGGAUCACUCCUACUCUGACGUUAAUAUGAAGAAAGAACCAAUAUUCCCAGGUUCAAAUCCAUUUGAAACGAAUGAAUAUUCAAAUAUUUCAACGACGCUGAAAACAACACCACCAUCACCUAUGGCAAUAACACCAGCAACACCAAUGCCAACAAUAAAAUCACCACAAUUCCCUAUAAGCUCGAAUAAUUUAUUAGAAACCACUAAAAAUCCCUCCAUAACAUCACCACCAUCUUUAAUAUCAACACCUGGGCCAUUAGAGACAAAAAUAAACCCAAUAACAACAACAAUAACACCUCCAACAAUCCUGAAUCAAUCAUAUGAUAAUCAUAAUUUAUAUCAAUAUAAUACAAGUUUAGAAUUAUCUGGGAACAAAUUGAAUCUUCCUUCAACAACACCACCAACAACAAUGGGAAUAAAAUCAAGCAUAUUUCCAUCAGUUAUUGAUUAUAAAACCAAUAAAUCAACAAAUCGAUAUGAUACAUUUGUUUAUAAUAAUCCUCAAGAUAUCGUAGAAGUUAACGAUAUUGAUUAUUAUCAAUCGAAACAUGUGAGUUUAGCACCAUUCAACUUCACCGCAUCUACUACCACAACUACAUCAAUGUUAUCAACAUCACCGUCAGCAUCAGCGUACGGACACCAUUUUAUGAAUCAAUUAAUGAUGAAUUCAAGUCUACCAGCUAACAAUAAUAAUAAUAAUAAUAGCACUACCAAUAUGAAUACAACUUAUAAUAAUAUUAAUAAUAACAGUAAUACAUGUGGUACAAAUAGCGAGUCAACAUCAUGUGGUUUAAAUGCCUCUUGGUCGACACCAUCUCCACCAACAUGUGGUUUAGGUAAUUCAAGUCUAUUUAGUAAUAAUGAUAUACGUACACUACAUAGUGGAGUUGAUGAGAUAUCCUCAAAGAAGUUACUUUCAUCAAAUGAUUCAUUAAAAGAAUUACAAUCAUCUAUAUUGAAUAAUAUACAAGAGGGAAACACUAAUCUUAGUGGUUGGUCUGAUAAUUGUGAUCCUGUUGUUAAUGUCAAUGGCACUGGCAAUAAUCAUCAUAAUAAUGAAGAUAUUUCGAAUUAUUAUCAACCAGCAAAUCAAUAUUUACAUAAUUCUUAUUAUUCUACAUAUAUGCAUAAACUGAAUUUAGCUGGUUACCAUUUAACCACCACACCAAAUAAUCAAUAUUAUUUCAAUGAAUUACCUAAUACUACUAAUAAUGACAUUAAUAAUAACAACAACAACAACAACAGUGAUAGUUUUUCACCUAUCGAUCAAACAUCUUUAACACCGUCAAUAUUUAUGUCAUCAAGUACUCCAGUCUCAACAAUGACAUCAAAGACAAUGAAUAAACUGUAUCGAUCUACUAAUAAUCAACUUUAUGAUACACCAACAAGUAGGCUAUUGAGAGCAACAGAGGAAAACAGUACAAAUAUUGACAACAUGAAUAACAAUAGUAAUCCAGGAUUUGGGUAUAUUGCUCCUAUACCAUUCUAUUUGAACAGUAGUUCCGACUCAAGAAGUACACGAACCGAUAGCUCAAGUGAUACUAGCCAGUGUAAACAAAUAAUGAUCUAG